GAGUAUGUGGGCAAGACUCACCAGCCAGACACCCAGAAAGCUCUCUAUAGUAACUCCUAUCAUCCCUCCAUUGACCUAUUCAUAAGCUAUGUGACCUGGGGAAUUACUGGGGGGACCUGGUGCGGGGUGGCUGAAGGGGUUGGACCCCCCCACACACACACACACUUAGCAUGGCAGUGGAAACCAGAAUGACAUACCAGCCUGCUCCACUCUCCCACCCAUUUCCCAGCUCACUAUGCUCCACUUCACCUUAGAGGCAAGAAGCAGAGAGCCUCAGCCCCAGCCCAGCCUGCUCCCCUGAGUCCUGCAUUGUUCGGGGGAUCAGAGCGUGUCAGGGCAGGGGCUCUUCACUUCCUCCCACUGCCAUGAAGCAGAGCACAGUGAGAUGGGAGAGGGGAAGGGCGGGACAGAGCAAGCUGCUGUGUCAACCAGCUCCUGUUACUUUAAUGAGUGCAGGGACCCCAACCCCUGUUGCUACACCAUGCCAGGCCCCUCACAUAAUCCUCCAGGCUGUUGUGACCCCACAGGUCCCAUCCAUAGGACAGUUGAGGCAGCCACUGCAGGUCCCCCCCCAAAGCAUGAGGCCUGGGGAAGCUUUCCUGAACCUUCCUAUGGGUGGGAUGGUUCUACAUUCCCGCACCAUCUGUGGAAACAGAACAAGGAAUCAGGUAUCCUCCCAGGAGAUCUUGCACCAUACAAGUCAUGGUGGAAGCCCAUUUCCUUUUGUUGGUGACAAUGUAAUGGCUUGCUUUUCAGGGCUGAUGGGUCAAGUGACGGAUGUGGCUGGAAAGGGACAGCAGGAAAAGAUUCCUUCUUGAUGGAUGGGCCUCCUGCAAUGAAUGAUAGUUUAUAGAGACUGUAGAAGAUGUCGAACCACAGUACCGGUGACAUCAAGCCCCCAUGUUUACCCCGGAAUGGACUGGUGAAGAUCCCUACCCAGCCCAAUGGACUUGGCUCUGCCAGCAUCACCAAAGGGACACCAGCAGUGAAAAACCGGCUCUGCCAGCCUUCUUCUGUGCCUGCCAUCAUCAGCCCAGCCUUAUCCAAUCACAGUGACCUGCCCAUAACCAGUCUGGCAUCACCACUGUCCUUGGCAACUCUGGCUGGGGUGCCAUCCCCUUCUGGCACCUCCAUGGUGGGACUGACCUUGAGUGAGGCCUCCCCGACAAAUGAGCACCCCUCCCCAGAGACGCUCCCUGGAUCCCUUACGGAAAGGCAACUGGCUGUGGAUGAGAAGAUCCUCAAUCGCUUGUUCUGGUACUUUUCAGCCUGUGAGAAAUGUGUCCUGGCCCAAGUAUGUAAGGUGUGGCGACGGGUCCUGUAUCAGUCCAAGUUCUGGGUAGGCUUGACACCAGUGCUGCACACCAAAGAGCUCUACAACACUCUGGCUAGUGGUGAGAAGGAGUUUGUUAACCUACAAGGCUUUGCCAUCCGUGGCUUUGACAGCUUCUGCCUGGUGGGGGUCUCAGACCUGGACAUUUGUGAGUUCAUUGACAAUUACCCCCUGUCCAAGAAAGGGGUGAAGUCUAUGAGCCUUAAGAGAUCGACCAUCACGGAUGCAGGGCUUGAGGUGAUGCUGGAGCAGAUGCAGGGUGUGGUGCGCCUGGAGCUCUCCGGCUGCAAUGACUUCACAGAAGCGGGCCUGUGGUCAAGCCUGAAUGCUCGUAUCACCUCCUUGAGCAUCAGCGACUGCAUCAAUGUGGCUGAUGAUGCCAUCGCUGCCAUCUCCCAGCUGCUGCCCAACCUGACGGAGCUCAACCUGCAGGCCUACCAUGUGACGGACACGGCCUUGGCCUACUUCACUGCCAAGCAGGGCUACACCACCCACACUCUGCGCCUCAGCUCCUGCUGGGAGAUCACCAACCAUGGGGUAGUCAAUAUGGUGCACAGCUUGCCCAACCUGAGCGUGUUGAGCCUCUCUGGCUGUUCCAAGGUAACUGAUGAUGGGGUGGAGCUGGUGGCUGAGAACCUGCGGAAGUUGAGGAGCUUAGAUUUGUCAUGGUGCCCUCGGAUCACGGACAUGGCUCUGGAGUAUAUUGCCUGUGAUCUGCAUAAACUGGAGGAGCUCGUACUUGACAGGUGUGUGCGGAUUACAGACACUGGACUCAGUUACUUAUCCACCAUGUCAUCUAUUAGGAGCCUGUAUCUCCGCUGGUGCUGUCAGGUGCAAGACUUUGGCCUGAAGCAUCUCCUGGGCAUGAGAAGCUUGCGCCUGUUGUCUCUUGCUGGCUGCCCUUUGCUGACAACCACUGGGCUCUCAGGUCUUGUCCAACUUCAAGACCUAGAGGAGCUGGAGCUGACCAAUUGUCCUGGUGCCACUCCGGAGUUGUUCAAGUAUUUCUCCCAGCACCUGCCAGGCUGCAUGGUGAUCGAAUAAGCAGUCUCAAGGAUUGGCCAACCUUCGCUCCCAAUCCAGCACUGAUCAACUAACCGGAGUUAUCAUUUUGUGUUUCUUUUGUUAUGUUUGGGGAGAGAUGCUUACCAUGCUGUUGAUUUAAACCACUCACCGUGUAUACAGCAAUCAAGAAUUAAUUAAUCACAUCAAUGCAUUGGAUGAAGACACCUAGAGAGAGAGAUAUUUGCUAUCUCCAUAACAAUGGGCAUCUGUCUGUUCCUUAAGAUGUGACCUUCAUGCAAGAAUAUCUCUGCAAAAUUUGUAAAUUUUCCACGCCUUCAUCACCUCUCGGCUUUUUUGUAAUGGUCUGUCCUGAAAAAACAAUUAAUUUAAAAGAUACGGCCAAACAAAACUCAACAAAAUCAGAGCAAAUGAAACAAAGUAAAUGAAUGAUCAUGAAUGGAGAGCUGAGACAGAAUGACACUGUUUCAUGGCCCAAAAGGUGUUCCUUUUUGUGCUGGACCCCCAGAUGUGGCUUUUGCCCAAGGUCUUGUGUCACAGCAGUUAGAAGUUCCUUCUGACUGCCUUCUGGGUGGGAUUGGUGUUGUGUCUGGGGGAGAAGCCCAAUUGGAGACCCUCUCCAUUCUGGGUUCUGGAUGAUCAAACCCAGUGUUUCCAUAGCAUCUGAACCAGAAAGCUAAAAGAAUCCUGACGGACAGAGAGACUUGAAGAAGAAGAAAGAAUG